UUAAUAUUCCGACCCCCAUCGCUCUUUCUCUCUCUUCCCACCCACACACUGAAAUCAAAAACCAAAAACUAGAAACACACACAAAUCCAUCACUAAGCUACACUCCAGAUCCACCCCAAUCCCGCUCCCGAGAAAAUGUUUCUGUUGGAUUGGUUCUACGGUGUGCUAGCCUCGCUCGGAUUGUGGCAAAAGGAGGCGAAGAUCCUGUUUCUCGGCCUCGAUAAUGCCGGCAAAACCACGCUCCUUCAUAUGCUCAAGGACGAGAGAUUAGUGCAGCAUCAGCCCACGCAGUAUCCGACGUCAGAAGAGCUGAGCAUCGGAAAAAUUAAGUUCAAGGCGUUCGAUUUGGGAGGGCAUCAAAUCGCGCGUAGAGUUUGGAAGGAUUAUUACGCCAAGGUUGAUGCUGUUGUUUACCUGGUUGAUGCUUAUGAUAAAGAGCGUUUUGCAGAAUCCAAAAAGGAACUAGAUGCACUCCUCUCUGAUGAAACACUGGCCACUGUUCCAUUUCUCAUUUUGGGAAACAAGAUCGACAUACCAUAUGCUGCCUCUGAAGACGAGUUGCGUUACCACCUUGGCCUAACUGGCGUAACCACCGGCAAGGGGAAGGUGAACCUUGCAGAUUCAAAUGUGCGCCCGUUGGAGGUGUUCAUGUGCAGCAUUGUGCGCAAAAUGGGCUAUGGUGACGGCUUCAAGUGGGUCUCUCAAUAUAUAAAUUAGGCUUUGUCAUCAAGAAAACGCCUAAAAGGUUUGUCCGUUCUCGUUGAUAAGGAAGGAGACAGCUUGAGCCGGAAGAGAUGGACAAAAAAUGGUGGGAAUAUUUGGUUUGUUUCAGGUUGAUUCAGUUUGUUAGUUGUUAAAACUUGUAUGACAUGCGUUGCUGGGUUUGUAAGUUAAGUAGUCGAACCUGAUUGAUCCCUGUAUAAUUCUCUUCUUAUAAAUUUGGAGGUCUUUGCAGCUUUA